GUUCUGGUGGGAGAACCGUGGAGUGUUCACCUCAGCCCAGCGACAGGCUCUUGCUGCAGCGUCAUUGCCACGCAUCAUCUGUGACAAUACCUACAUCCGCGAGUACCUCACAUCAAACCUAUGCUUUCUUCAAGGGCUGAGGCUGGUCUUCGUUCUUCUGGGUAUUCUAAUAGCAGUAAAGCCUCAAGAGGCAGAUAACCUUUCUUUACAAGACAUUGCAAAGAAACUGGAAACCCGAUUCCUUCUGCAGAAUGUGGAAGAAGCCAAGAAAUUAGUAGAUGCUGCCUAUGAAUAUACCCAGAACUGGUUAGAAGAAAAACUAAGGAAAGAGACAGUACGCCCUUCAGAUAUCCUAGUGUCUUUCAAACAACCUGUAGGAAAAACUCGGUCGCAUGUGAAAGCUGCUCAUUAUAGGCUGGUGGCCUUGGACCUCUUGAAAGAGAAGCUGCAGGAUGUAUUUCCUCAGGAAUUCAAUAUCACAGAUGUGCUCUCCACUUCCCAGAUGCAAACUAUCUACAAGGCAAGCGGAUGUGCUUCCCAAGAGAUCAGUACACAAGAAUGUGAUGAGAAGAACCCUUACCGGACCAUUACAGGCGAAUGCAAUAACCUGUAUGAUUCUCGAAUAGAAACGGACAAUCUUUUGGUGGCCAAGACCCUAGUCUAG